GCCCCGCUCGUGGUGGCGGGAGAGCCGCACGUGGUCGCCGCUCGCGCGGGUCGCGCGCAGCAUGUUCGGGGCCCGGGCCAGUCCUCUCUUCCUGGACACUUCAGAGAUCUGGUGGCAGGACCCACCGUCCCCGCAAGCGGAGGCAGCGUCCUGGGACGUGACGGAGGUGGCAGCUGUGUGCAAGGCAGCAGAUGAGGGCUCAGAGCCGAGCCCCCAGGAGGGGAACAGCGCGGAGGAGCAGGAUGUUCAGGACCCGGAGCUGGAAGCCAUCAAAGCCAAGCUGCGGGAAAUAGAGAAGGAGGAUGAGAGGUUGAAGGAGUUGCAGCUGGAGGCUGAGAACCACCUGUUCAUGAGCUCAGAAGCAGCUCUCUUCCCUCUGACAACCAAGGAGAAGAUGGAGGUUGACCAGCGUUCCAUCUACGUGGGCAAUGUGGAUUACGGCGGCACGGCGGAGGAGCUGGAGUCUCACUUCAACAGCUGUGGGCAGAUCAACCGCGUCACCAUCCUCUGUGACAAGUUCUCGGGCCACCCCAAAGGCUAUGCCUACAUUGAGUUCGAGGAGCAGAGCUCUGUGAAGGCUGCGGUGGAGCUGGACGAGAGCGUGUUCAGGGGCCGUGUCAUCAAGGUGCUGCCCAAGAGGACCAACAUGCCCGGCAUCAGCAGCACCGACCGCGGCGGCUACCGGGGCUGCUUCCACACCCGGGGAGGGCUGAGCCGCUGGGGAGGCUACUACGGGCAGCACCCCAGGGUGCGGGGAAGGACCUACAGGGGUCGGCCAAGGCUGCUGCCUUGGUAUUUUCCAUACUAGAGAAGACCGGACUGCCUGGCAAUGCCGAUGGGAUUGGAGAGAUCUAAAAAUAUGCCUACCCAAGCCAAAAACCAGAUUAAUUUUAAAAAUGCCAUCUGCCCGGCCGUGAGGAUUACCGGUGAGCCCUGUGCUGGGCUGCAGGAGGGAGGAUGGGAUGUGCUCCAUCCUGCCAGCAUCCCAGGAGAGCUCAGCCCACCUCAGCUCUGCCCAGGGCAUUGCGUUUGCACGGAGAACAGGCUCGUUCCAGAGAACACUGUCCUGGCAAGGGAAGAGCUCUCCCAGACCAUCAAGUCUCCUCCCUAUCCCAUGGAAAAGGGCUGUCCUGGAGGGCUUGGUUUGGCUCCUGGCUGGCUGGCUGCUCUCCAUGCCACUGCUUGGCCAUGAACCUCCCUCAGCUCUUCCUACAGCAGCUGGAUGCUCCCUUCUCUUUUUCUGAGAUCCUAAAGACUGUUUCCUUUCCCAAAUCAGUGGAGAAAGUUUGGGGUUGCAGCUCCAGAUCUGCUUGCUGGGGAGCUUUUCCUUCAUCAGCCCUGUGGAUGUGACCUUGCUCUUGGGAAGCCUGAAGCAUCCCUUCUUUCUCUGGAAGUCUCUCUAUCUCUGUGGUACUUAAACAAGACCUGGGUGUCACAAAACCCUUCCUUUUUUUUUAUUUUGGGUGUCAGCAAACUCCUCUUCCCUCCCUCCUGCUUUUAUUCCAAGCUCCAGGGGUCAAAGGGAGCUGGCAACUCCUCAUUUGACUUUAAUUUCUUGCAGUAGCAGUGUUACCAAAUCACCUCCACUGGUGCAAAUUUGGCCUUGUCUCCCUCUUUAUUCCCAUCACUGUUCCUGCUCUGGAGUCACAUUUGGGGAUGGUGUGAGCCCUGCAGGAAGCUCAGGACCAGAGAGCACCAAAGGGGCUGGGUACCAGGGAAGAAGGCUCCUGGCUCUUCCCUUUCCUGCUGAUUUUGUGUUCAUGAGCUCUGAAGCCACGUGUUUUUAAAGGAAAAACUUUGUGUCAGAAGAGGCAGGCUGGGAACCCCGGCAGACAGCAUUCCUGGGGGAAGUUCUGCAUGGAAAUGAGUUUUAUUAUGUAAUUCUCCCACUAAACUUUUGGGAUCCUUGAUUAGGAUUUCUCUAACCCAGAUGCAAUUGACUCCUAAAGCAGCUUUUCACAGCUCACGGGCAUUGCCAGGCUAAAAACCCCACUGAUUUUGGUUUUUUCUCCUUUAAGAUCUCUAGAUUUUUUUUAAAACCUUGGGGCCUUAACUCUUCAUGUUGUGUUGAUAUUGUCCUCAGAGCUGCUGAGACUGACCUUGAUUUGAGCCACCCUUAGGCUUAGACUAUGAACCAGCUUUUUCUAGGGCUUCUGUUUGAUAGAAUUAGAAAUUUUUGAGGCUUAUUUUUUAAUAAAAAAAAACCUACUUAGGGGUGUUUGGACUCUCUUGUGGAAGAGGCAACACUGAGCUGCUGUCUCUGCGUGUGAAAACAGCCAAGUUUUUUAGAUGAAAAUGUUUGUGGAUAGCAGUGCACAGCUGUGCCCUUUGGAGAUGGUGGGAGAGGCUUGAACCUCCCAUGAUAUUCCAGGUGGUUGCUGAUAAAAUGUACUUAAGUUCUGUUUGAGAAAGUAUUUGUAACUGUUACUUAUUUUUAAAAUAAAUGAUCCUGCUGUGUGAA